GUGCAACAUGUGUGCAUGAACAUGGCCAACAUGGCAGAGCCACAGAACAAACCAGCGCCCGAGCAGGAGAAACAAUGCCGUAUCUGCUUCGAUGGCGAAGACGACACAUUGGGAAGACUUAUUCGACCUUGUCUGUGUAAGGGUUCCAUUAGCUAUGUCCAUAUAACCUGCCUGAAAAAGUGGAGGAACUCGUCUUUCAGCAACAACUCUUUCUAUCGCUGUCCACAGUGCCAUUACCGAUAUCACUUUGCUCGAACCAAAGCAAUUGGGUUGGCGACCAACCCGAUCGUAGUUGGCAUGAUAUCUUCCUUUUUGUUCACCUUACUUGUCAUGUGUUCGUCCUAUGUUACAACGUAUUUCAUGAGUUCCUUCGACGAUUAUUCGUCCUACGGAUCAUCAUACUACUUCUUCAUUUCGCCGAUUGACGUUGGCCACGAUCUCAUCCGUGCAGCAUUGCGAAUACUUCGAGACCAGGACGCAUUUCCUCUAGAGGACAAUGUUCCAAGACUGACGAGGACUGAUCCUGCCCCGUUCCCAUCCUCACCAUCAUUCUUGAAGCGGUUUGUGCGCAGGUUCGUGAUCGGCCUCCCUAUGAUAGGUGCCGGAUCUAUAGUUCAUAUGCUGCUGUCGCUGCCCCUUCUGGGGCCAGUCCAUUGGAUAGCUCGUUUCAGGGGUAAUAGAAGCAGGAGGGGUAACUCAACAGACAUAGCUGCGAUGAUCAUCUUGGGUUUACUAGUUAUUGGGAUUGCGAGGGCGUUAUACGAGGCGUACAAAUUGACACGAAAGAUCAGCGAACGUUUACUUCUGUUUGCGGAGGAUGUCAUUCUGGAAGUCAAUUGAUUUACCCGACAUAGGUGUUAUGAAAGUAGUAGGAUUUUAUGAUGAGUAAUAGAUAAGGCUUCCCAUGUGCUACCAGUUUCUUCUUAGCUGACGUUUGAUUCCUUCAUAAAUUGCCUUUGUCUCCGCCUGAUUGGUACCUAGUUCCGUCAGGUACUGCCCAACAGCAAGAUCUAUUCUGCCAACAGGGAAUUCUCCUCGGGGAACUGAGGAUUGAGGGCGUUUUGCCUCCUCGAGCCAGUCAUUUAAAAGAAUUGCAAUGUCAGCAGAUACGACUUGCACGCCACUUUGCGUGUUGAAAGGCGGUAU